AGGCGUCGUCUACGAAGAACCCCAGUCUGCUAGGGGGCCGAUAAAUCUGUUCGGAAGAGUCUACAGUUCUGGGGACUUGUUUUACUCGCUAUGGGCCGGUGAUCGUGUAGCGCAAUGCUUGCGAUCGAUUGCGCGCAGCUAAAAGUUCACAUACGCGAGUCCAAGCCAUUAUGAGCCGUAGGGCUAACAAUCUCUCUUAUGAGAAGCCGGAGCCGUCGUUCCUCCGUAAAUUGAGGAAUGAGUUCGGAGAUGGCAGCGACCACCACCGGAGCCGCCCAAAUCCACGGCCUGCCAAAUCUAAAUAUGCUGAAGACGAAGAUGACGGACCUACCUACGUGGACGAAGAUAACGAAGUCAUCUCCAAGGAGAAGUAUCUAGAGAUGGUAGCCGGGCCAAAGGGUGACACUGAAGAAAACGAAGCCACGAAGCCUCCCGCAGAUGAAGGAGCCGAGACAGAAAGACGAACUUCCAAAUCAAAGCAGAAUAUGGCGGAGAUAGGUGCCUCGAAGAAGAGGAAGCAAGGCAAAGUCAUAGGAGGUGGCGAUGUUCCUGAAGAUCAAGAGACAUCUCAAGCUCAGUCCGAAGCGCCGAAGCGGAAGAAGAAUACAAAGAAGAAGAUCAAGCUCUCGUUCGAUGACGAGGAAUGAAAUGUUGACGCCUUUGAGGGUACCUAUUCUCGACUCAUGCCGUCUGGGGUGUCCCUGGACAUGGUAACAAAAGUCUGCGGAUACUUUACCACCGCCACUACAAGGAUAUAUUACACAAGAACAAUCUACGGUCGUAAUCAUGAAUAAUAUCUAUUAUCUUAGC